UGCACACGCCGAGCGAAGCGGACGGUCCCCCCCCUUUUCCUUUUCCAGACAGAUGACUACAUUUCGCUCAGGGAAUAAAUAUCUAUAAUAUCCACGCGGCUGUUUCUACUCGGGAAUAAACACUUUUGUGAUCACGGCGCGCGCGUCUAUAGCGUGGACUACAUUAUGGUUGUGUCACAUAUGCGGCUACCUCUGCCUCUGCUCUGACCACAGACGGAGAAAGUCUUUGGAUCUCUUCAAGAAGGCUGUUAUUCCCUUUUUUUUUCUUUUUUUUUUCUUUUUAAUUUCACUGACUAUCACAGAGGUAUUGCUGGAAAUAUAAUCCGGAUGGUAACCGCAGACUGGACUAUGGUACCUGUUUACUCAGUGCUUGUAAACGGGACUGGAAGACUUGCGCUUGUUGUCUUUUCUCGGUCCUAUUAAACUGGAGAUCAUUACUAUAUUCACCUAUUUUAUUCUAAAGGGUGUUGUUUCCUUCCAUUACUCACUCUUGCGUGCUUUGGUUGAAUGGGGGUAACUCUGGUUUUGGAGGCUUGACGCAGCUGGGACUGGGAACUGGGACUAUAAGGACUUGGACGGGACUGAGUGCGUGGAGCGGUCGGAUCACCCAGGAUUGUAAUUCCCUACGCUCUCCCUCUGCCGUGGGUCUAUUUACAUGUCCGACCUGAACGCUUUAUGACAAUGGAUUACUUUCUGCUUUUAUGCAGCCUCAUGCUGCCUGCAGUGUCCGCCGUUGAAGAGACGCUGAUGGACACAAAGUGGGCCACGACAGAAUUAGCUUGGACUGCGCAUCCUGAAACCGGGUGGGAAGAGGUCAGUGGUUAUGAUGAUGCCAUGAACCCCAUCAGGACGUAUCAAGUCUGCAAUGUACGUGAGCUCAACCAGAAUAACUGGCUACGCAGUGACUUCAUCCCACGGAAGGAUGUGCUCCGUGUAUAUGUGGAGAUGAAGUUCACUGUGCGCGAUUGCAACAGCAUUCCUAACAUCCCAGGUUCAUGCAAAGAGACCUUCAAUCUCUUCUACUAUGAGUCUGACUCUGACUCUGCAACAGCCACCAGCCCUUUCUGGAUGGAGAACCCUUAUGUGAAAGUGGACACAAUUGCCCCAGAUGAGAGCUUCACCAUGCUCGAAUCUGGUCGGGUAAACACUAAAGUCAGAAGUUUCGGGCCGUUGUCUAAGGCCGGCUUCUACUUGGCCUUCCAGGACCUUGGUGCUUGCAUGUCACUCAUCUCAGUGAGAGUGUUUUAUAAAAAGUGCUCUACCACAAUUGCCAAUUUCGCCGUUUUCCCAGAGACAGCAACAGGAGCUGAGGCAACAUCUUUGGUAAUUGCACCAGGAACAUGUGUUCCCAAUGCAUUGGAAGUGUCUGUACCACUGAAGCUUUACUGCAAUGGAGAUGGGGAAUGGAUGGUUCCUGUAGGGGCCUGCACCUGCUCAGCAGGUUUUGAACCAGCCAUGAAGGAAACCCAGUGUCAAGCUUGCAGCCCUGGUACCUUUAAGUCCAAACAGGGGGAUGGUUUCUGCUUGCCUUGCCCUGCCAACAGUCGAGCCAGCUCUGGAGCAGCCAGCGUCUGCUCCUGUCGAAACGGUUACUACCGCUCAGAUGCAGACUCUCCUGACUCACCCUGCACCACUGUUCCCUCUGCACCACGCAGUGUCAUCUCCAGUGUCAAUGAAACCUCAUUGGUACUGGAAUGGAGUGAGCCACGUGACAUGGGCGGCCGAGAUGACACCUUCUACAAUGUCAUCUGUAAAAAAUGCCUGCCUGAGCGGGGAAUGUGCUCACGUUGUGACGACAAUGUUGACAUCUCGCCACGUCACCUGGGCCUGACCCAGCGCCGGGUAGCAGUCCGUAAUUUGCAAGCCCACACCCAGUACAGCUUUGAGAUCCAGGCAGUCAACGGUGUCUCCAACAAGAGCCCCUAUACUCCUCAGUUCUCUGCGGUGAACAUAACCACUAAUCAGGCUGCUCCCUCUGCAGUGCCAACAGUUCACCUGAUGGCGGCCACAGCGAGCACUAUGAGCCUGUCCUGGCUGCCUCCAGAGAAGCCGAACGGAAUCAUUCUGGAUUAUGAGAUUAAGUACCAUGAGAAGGUAAGCGGCAAUGAUCAGGGUGAGGCUAUUGCCCACACCAUGACUGCACAACGAAGCAACGCCCGCAUUGAAGGUCUCAAGGCUGGUACGCCAUAUGUGGUACAGGUCCGUGCCCGAACGGUGGCUGGUUAUGGCCGUUACAGCAGCCCAGCUGACUUCAGCACCAACUUGCAAACUGACCCACCGAAGACAUGGCAGGAACAAUUACCACUCAUCGUGGGAUCAGCUACUGCUACACUGGUCUUCAUCAUUGCUGUUGUGGUCAUUGCUAUCGUCUGCCUCAGAAAGCAAAGAAAUGGCUCAGAGUCAGAGUACACAGAGAAACUGCAGCAAUAUAAAUCCCCAAUAGUCACGCCGGGAAUGAAGGUCUACAUCGACCCCUUCACCUAUGAGGACCCCAACGAAGCAGUCCGCGAGUUUGCUAAGGAGAUUGACGUAUCCUGCGUGAAGAUCGAGGAGGUCAUUGGCGCAGGUAACCCACCAAAGCUCCUGAGCUACAGGGGGAAGACUGCUAGUCACCUCCAGGCCAUACCAUUAGAGGACUUCACACCAAGCGGAGAGUUUGGCGAGGUGUGCCGCGGUCGCCUCAAGCUGCCUGGACGCAGGGAGAUCAUCGUAGCUAUCAAGACUCUCAAGGUGGGCUACACUGACCGACAGAGGCGAGACUUCCUGUCUGAGGCAUCCAUCAUGGGCCAGUUUGACCAUCCCAACAUUAUCCGCCUGGAGGGUGUGGUUACCAAGAGUCGGCCAGUGAUGAUUGUGACAGAGUUCAUGGAGAAUGGGGCACUUGACUCUUUCUUAAGGCUCAAUGACGGGCAGUUCACAGUCAUCCAGCUGGUUGGCAUGCUGCGUGGUAUCGCAGCAGGCAUGAAGUACCUGUCAGAUAUGAACUACGUACACAGAGACUUGGCUGCCCGUAACAUCUUGGUCAACAGUAAUCUUGUGUGUAAGGUGUCUGACUUUGGCCUGUCUCGUUUCCUUGAGGAUGAUCCAACAGAUCCCACCUAUACCAGCUCACUGGGAGGAAAAAUUCCCAUUCGCUGGACGGCUCCUGAGGCAAUUGCCUACAGGAAGUUCACCUCAGCCAGCGAUGUGUGGAGCUAUGGUAUUGUCAUGUGGGAAGUGAUGUCGUAUGGUGAGCGGCCGUACUGGGACAUGAGCAAUCAAGAUGUAAUAAACGCAGUGGAGCAGGACUACCGACUGCCCCCUCCUAUGGAUUGCCCUACAGCACUGCACCAGCUCAUGUUGGACUGCUGGGUCAAAGAAAGGAACCUACGACCAAAAUUCACCCAGAUUGUGGCAACGCUGGAUAAGCUUAUCCGCAACGCUGCCAGCCUCAAGGUGGUCACCAACAGCACACAGUCCUCUGGGGUAUCCCAGCCCUUGCUUGACCGCUGUGUACCAGACUAUACCACUUUCACCACUGUGGGGGACUGGCUGGAUGCCAUCAAGAUGAGUCGCUACCGUGACAACUUCGUCAACGCCGGAUUUGCUUCCUUUGACCUGGUGGCCCAGAUGACAGCAGAGGACCUGCUGCGGAUAGGAGUAACGCUGGCUGGUCACCAGAAGAAGAUUCUUGGUAGCAUUCAGGACAUGAGACUACAGAUGAACCAAACACUCCCUGUUCAGGUGUGAGCGGCUGGAAACACAUGAUGCAGUCAAAGGACAGCCAGACAGAAAAAGGGGGAGGAACUGUGCCAGAGAGCCAUUGGAAAACCCUAGCUGCCUGACCCAUCUCUACCAAUUAGACACAAUGAAACUGGCUUGCAGUGCCUCUGACUAGUCAUUUUUUCCCUUUUGCUUUUUCACUACCACUUCCAUUUUUUUUUUUUUUUUACCAUUGUUUUUUUCCAUCAAAAACAAGAAUUUGUGUGUUUUUAAAAGAGAAGGAAAACUUAACCCAAUGGCUCACCAUCUCUGGUGUGGGUUGACGUUUGCAUGUGUGUUUUAGUGCAGUUGGCCUUAACCCUGUAAGUGAAAUGUCUCGCUCUGAUCCUCACGCAAGAGCCCCUCCCCCUCGGCCAAUCAGACCCAUCUGUGAUGGACUUAAAACACCCUGGUAUGAAAACAGUGGACAAAUGUUCACACAGCAACAAAGAAAUAAAACAAACAAAAAGAAUUCAAUCACUAACAACGUUGUUUUUGACCCACGGGAGACUGAGGACAGAAUUCUUUCCCUGAUGGUUUUUUUUAAUGCACGUAUGUGUUAUUCUCCAUCUUCAUAUUGAAGGUGUGUUAUCCAAAAGGGCACUUGCCGGAGAAGAGGAAAUUUAGUGGGGCUGAGUCAGCAGUGAAGAAGAUGACAGAGGCUGUAGGGUCAAAGGAUGGCAGCCACAGUUUUGGACACUCGUUCUGGCUGCUAAAUCCCCUAGAGGUCACCAAACGACCUCUUCACCAUGACCUGGAGUGACUUAGGUCAUAGCUUGGGAUCACCUGUUCAUUAACUGUGUUUUUACACAUACAAAAAACAUUUAUUUUCAUUUGUCCACACACAAUUUUUUUUUCUUUUUUUGACUUUGUAUACUUCUUUUGGGAGAUUUGUGAUUUCACAAUGGCCGGUCAAACCUAAGUACUCCUCCUGGACGCUUCAUGUGAAUAUGGGAAAACAAAAACUGUGGCAACACAGUGGAAAGACCACUUGGCCUUUUGUGUGUGUUUUUGUAUGUGUGUGUGCGCAUGUGUGCGUGUAUGUGUGAUGAAGCGUGCCUGGAUAUGCGGGUGUGUCAAGUUGCACACAAAUAUACUGUACAAUACAGCUUCCGCUAUUUGCCAACGUGGAGAAUUAACGCAUGAACUGAACCGUGACAUGGAGCAAAUAUAUCUGAAACAAUUACGCUAUAUUCUGUGGACAACUGUUAAACAUUCUUUUUUUAUUGAAUUAAAAAAAAAUGAACUUUGGACGUACACAUAUAUAUAAUUAUAUAUAUAUGCAUCAUACUGAAACUGAGACAAACCAUGAGACGGACACCCUACUUUCUACUUACUAUUAUCUGGAAUUAGAAAUAAUCCAAAUUCUUGUUUUAAUUUCUUGACACCCUGCCCUAUGUAUUUAUUUGUACGUCACCCACCAAUCCUUCCCGCACCAACACCCAUAUGGACCUUAGGCUAUAUGGAACAAGUGGACUCGGAACAAUCAGAAGGAAGAGGAAUUUCAAGAGGAUUCAGCUAAUGAAUUGAUUAUCAUUAAACUAAAGAAAAUGCAUAUAAAUUGGAUAUUGUAUUUUUGUUGUUGUUCUAAACAGCCUGUACAUGUUUUGUAACAAAAAUACGAUAAAUAACAAAAGAAACUCUGUGUUUUGACAAAAUGGAAGUGUUGUGAAAUGUUUGAUUCAGAGUGAAAUUAACAUAAAGCAAUGUGAGACAAGAGGGGGAGUGGAAAAGUCAGAGUGGCAAGUGAAGAAAGCAACCCUGAUUAGACCACUGGUGUAAAAAUGCUGUAAUCAAACACAUCACUUUUCUUUUGUUUUUUUGCUCCCAUCCAUUGCUGUGUGAGUGUCUCUGUAGGUGUUUUUUUUAUGCUAGUGUGCGCCACCUGAACUGGAUAUUAAGCCUCCCAAAUCCAUUCUCAUUCUCAAUAUAAAGUGCGUUUGUGAAGCACCGAGCUAUCACUAAUCGUCUUCCAGGCACCUUAAAUGCAUGUCAGUGGUUUAUCAAAAUCCCAUUAAUGUCUUCUCUGUUUUUUUUUUUUUUUUUUUUGUGUGUAUGUUAUUUUUACUAAUUUAUCAUUACUUACUACAUCAUCACUCAGCCAGCCUGUCUUAUAUACCGUAGAACUGUUGAAGAGUUUUUAAGUGGAAAGCCUAGAGAUAAUGCUGUGUCAAACUGGUCAGCUUACCUGCCAAUCACUUAAGUUGCAGAGCUCAUCACAGGCCCUAUGCACUCCCUCUCUGCCAAAAAUACCCUGAUCAGGGAGUCCAGAAACAUCGGAGGAGAAACCUAUUGGUCUUUGUCUGUCAGGUUGAUUACUGCAGCGGCCAAUCUGGGUUUGUGAGGAUACGAGCAUGCAGCGAGAACAGACAUACGGCAGGCUGACCUAUCAUUAUCUCCCUUAAUUUCCUGUCUGGCCUGCAAUCACUGUGUCUCAGCUCAGGCUGCUGCAUGAUUAUUACAGUGCAGGAUCAACAACCUGGCAUGCAGACAGCCAAAAUCUGUAGACCCCCCCCAUCCUAAAUGAUAGCAGCUGCAUCACAGAGACCAAACUAUCUUUGCUUCUCCGUCAGGGAUAUUUGAAAGCUGAAAGUUGGGAGUGGGCCUGAAUCUCUGGGGGGAAUUUUCCAGACAGUCAUUCAUAUUGUUUGGGUUAAAGCUAAUCAAUGCAAAAUGCGAAUGCUAUUUGUUAGGUGUGUAAUGAUAGCGUGAUGUUAGAUUCCAUCCUUUAUGUCUUGCUGUAUUACUUUUGUCAGCCUCUGUAAAAUCUUCAAAAGCCAUGGAGGGUAUUAUGCAAAACAAAAAUGUGUUUUCUAUUUCACAUCGUUUCAUCUUAUUUUAGAUACACUAUGUUUUCACCAACGCUUGUGCAAACUCAGUAGGCUCGCUAAACUCUUAACAGUCGCAGCGGAGAAUCAAAUAGAGUUAUCGUUAGCUCUUAAGUCAAACUCUGCCAGAAAAUAGUCAUCAGCGCAGUUUGUUAAUGGGAUGAAAUCGUGCUGAAAGUACUGUUUAGAUGAGAAAGCCACCCUUUGAUUGGAAAUACUUACUAAAGGUCACAUUUGGAGAUGACAGGACAGUAUUAAUGCAAUCAGGAGCUGACUUGAAUUAAAAUCCUUGCAGGAAUUUCCAACAUUUCUGCCUUUUUCUGGACUCAGUCGGUUCAAUCACUUAAGCGCCAUGUUGCUAACUAGCAUGUGGCUGCAAACAAGGCCCAGUUGAUGAGCAUAAAGACAGAGAAGGGAGGGCUAAACACAAUCAGAUGCCCACUCGAGAAAAAUGGCAGCGCUUUUUGGAGCUUCCAUGAACUAUUGAUGAGGUGCACAUGGCGUUCUAGGGUCUGGAGUUGUGUUCGGCAAACCCAACCAACCGUGAGUGAUGAGCUCAACUGGCACUGUUGCACAUCUUAAAAUGAUUAAACUGUCACCACAUCAACUGCAAACAAUUAAUCUUUGAGUAGGUUUUUCACACAUUCACGGGAGUGUUUAAUAUUUAACAUUCACUGAGAGGAAAGGAACUCAUACUUGUGUGUGUGUGUUUUUUUUCCCCCCUCCUCAUCUUCCUGACUGCACAUUGCUGAAAUUUUGAUGGAUUGUUAUGUUUGUGUGUGUGAGACAGAGAGUGUGAGAAAUAAAAGGAUUGCCAUUUUAUCCAGACACGUUUUGAGCAGCAGAGUCUAGGCUUUGUCAGAUACCAUUAUUUCUUUGUGUGCCAAUAGAAUCCGAUCUGUCCCAACAUUCCUUUCACCUUUCUUUCCCUCUUUUACAUCACCCAGCUAACCAUCAAACACACUCUUCCUGUAACCUCUUUACUUACAGCUCUCAAAUUCUCUUCGGUUAUGUGUUUUUUUUUUUUUGUUUGUUUGUUUGUUUUUCAGUAAUUAUUUACAGUACUGUCGUUUCUUCUUUUAACAAGACCAGUUCUUUUGGUCACUCUGUUUUCAUAAAAUAAAGUGAGAUAUUUCAUAGAGUACUGUACAUGUAUAGUGAAACUGGAGGCCGAAGGAAAAAAAAAAGUGCAGAGAAAUGCAAUUGUUAAUUCCUCUUUGAAAAGCAUUGAGAUGUAUUUAACUUAAUGGUGCAGACAUACACAACAAAUUACUAAAAAACAAAAAAAAAAAACAAAAAACAAAAAAAAAACGAUGAUGCAUUCUUGUAGAAAUAUUUUUAAAA